UUAUUAAAAUUAUUUACAUAAAAAAUUGUUUGUGAUUAUAAUAUUAGUAUUUUAAAGAUUAUGUUAUUAAAACUAUUCGUGACUAGUGUUCAUCUGUACUUAUGUCUCAUAUACAUACCUUCCUUUUUAUUGUAGAAUUUCUUAAUUACUAAUUUAAAAACAAUUUUUAGAUAUGUGAAUUGACUUUUCUUUUUCAAAAUGUACCGUGCAAUUGAAAAAUUCGCAUUUUUGUGUUUAUUUCAUCCCCCGUUAAUCAUCUUUGAGACUUUGUUCCGGCAACAAUGGAAUUUGCAAACGGCGUGUGAGUCAUAUACGACCCAUAUCUGUUUUUGAACCGCAAUACCAUCGCAGCCGGCGCAAGAGCUUUGUCCAGAAUAGCAUUAUCGCUCGUAAAGAAGAAGUAACUACAAGAGGAACGCGGUUCUCCCCGUGCACGGCCAGAUCAUCGCGGAAGGAUACGUAGGUGGUUACCAAAGGAUCUGGUAAGGUACCAGGAGAACAGACAGUCGCUACGUAGCGAGAAUGGAAAGGAGAAAGGGAGAAAAGAGAAUCUGGGCAGACCGGGCCACAAGCGAAUGCGGCGAGUAAAUGCGGCAACGGGGAAAAGAGGGAAACACAGGGAGAAGGAACGGGACAGAGAAAAAGAGAUUCAUGGUGGGGUUGAUGCAGCUGAAGCACGUGGGCCUUGCUUCGUGUGUCUCGUUCGGUAGUGCUCUCAGUAGUGCUCUCAGCUGCCCGUGGAGGAUCUCACAUCCGGAUAUCCGUCGAGCGUGUCGCGAUCGCCUUAACGUGUCCACCGCGGCCGUUGAGGAUGUGACAGCUCGUACAGUUGUUGUCAGAACUUCGCGCAAUCAUCAUAAGCCUCUGAAGAAUUGAACGAUGAUUCUAAAGAUACUAUUGGCGAGCUUGCUUAUCGCAGCCACGACGAGCUCGGUUUUAUCAUCGUCGGAGGAUAAUCAUCGAGUACCAUCGCGCAACCACAAAAUUGACCAAUUUGUUUGGCCCGUCUGGAAUCGCGAUAGAUUGCCUUAUGCUAGGCACGACCGUCCUGAUGACGAACGCGUCGUCCGAGAGACAACCACUACUACGCGAAGUCCAUGGACAUCGCGACCACAGGUUUCCACAACGAGAUCACCACAACAGAUAAAUUCGGCAUCGAGACACAUUGACCAACGGAUGCUGGAGCAAAAGUUUAAUGGUGCUGUGGCAAUGGCGAAGACCAAUGGCGGUACCAGGGCGAUAGCGUACGCGGGUUAUCACGGCAAUCAUCGGCACCAGCCAAGAGAGAUGAGCACGCAGAGCUUUCAACCGAUUACCACAACCGUCCCCACGUACACCAGACAUCAUUCGGGGAGGCGAGUAUGUACUAGACAAGCUCCCAUAGUUUCUCAUCAUCAUCGGGGAAGACAAAUUAGAUUAGUAUACACUGAGAUGACUUCUGGUUUCUUUUGCUGUCCGGGAUGGUCACAGGUUACUCAUUUGAGUUUUGGUUGUAAUAAGCCUACGUGUUCUUCACCGUGUUUGAAUGGUGGAAUUUGUACAUCGCCCGGUAAAUGCAUGUGUCCCAAGGGAUACACUGGCAAUCAAUGCCAAACAGAUGUGGAUGAAUGCGUUAUAGAAAAACCAUGCGGACAACUUUGCACAAAUCUUCCUGGUAGAUAUCGAUGUCAUUGUAGAGUCGGAUUUCAACUUCAACAGGAUAGCCACUCUUGUCGAAAAAAUGACACAGACGAAAGUGCUUUUGAAGCACGCGAUUUGCAGACUGAUUUUCAUGAUGUGUCAGUAACAAAGGAUCCGACAACUUUUCAUGAUACAGAAAAUGAGGUCAGCGAUGAUGACCAAGAUUACGAAGUCAUCUUAAAGAGACUGAUCAAAUUGGAAAAGCAAGUAGCCAGAAACAGAAAGAGAGAUACAGAGGCUUCCGAGAUGAACACCAAAGUUACACUGGCGGUCGAAAGUGUUAAUGAAAUGAAGAGAACCGUCGAGAAUGUGCAAUUGAUGCAACAAGAAGUAUACGAUAUGAGGAGCAAAAUGAGACAAUAUGAGGCAGAAAUGAGAAAAAUACAUCACCUGAUGAAUCGCGUUGCUGAAUUAGAAAAUCGUCUGAGAGUACGUUGCAUACCAAUAAAUCGUGAAUUAUUAAACUUUCAGUGCUGCUAAAGUAUCAUGCUGAAAUUAUUAUCAAUAGAAUUUAAUACUAAUAACGAACAGUAGUAAUACUAUACUAUUGUACUCUCACAUUAGUAGUAAAUAGCAUUACCACUAUUUUAAUAGUAGUGGUAAUACUUUUAUCAAGAACUUUUUACAUUCUUAGAAUAUGUGGAGAUGACAAAUAAUACCUUUAAAUUAGAGAUAUAUUUAUGUAAAAGAAAUUAAUGUACAUUAAAAAAAAUUUUCUUUACUGGUUUUUAAACAACGAAACGGUAUUAGUCAUUUUAGUUUAACUGAAGUUGAACUUCAGCACCCCAAGGUGCUGACAGUAGUAGUCAUAAGAUUCACGUGGAGUUGUGUCCGUCGUGAAGCAUCACUGCCAUCAUUUAGCAUUUGUUAUAUUUUCAAGUUAAUAAUAGUAAUAUAGUACAAUUUAAAUAUUAUAAUUAUUUGUGUAUGCAGUUUUAUAAUAAAAUAAAGUUUCUGCUUUUGUAUUGUUAUAUUAAUUUAGAUUUUAAAGGUGGAAGCAAUUGUAUAACAUUGUAUAACAUACUAAUAUAUAUUUAUAUAAACUAAUCAGUAUAAUUAAUGGUAUAAUCUAUAAUAUUUGUUUAAAAAAAGAUUGAAGAGAUAAAAUCAGUUUUUUAAAUAAAAACUACAUAGAGACGUAAGUUUAUUGAAAUUAAUGAUGAAGAAUAA